AUGAUCCUCUGCUCUUGGAUGACCUCUCUUUGGUUCUCUGUGGAAGAGGAGAAUCGAAGAGAAGUGCAGCUGCUGCCGUCCCCGUCGACCCGUCUUCCCUCCGAGACGUUCAACUCCUCCAUGGCGACCGAUGCUUCCGACCAUCCUCUGCUCGAUCUCACUCUGUCGAUGAGCGUCGGCACGCAGCGGCCGUCUCCCGGUGAGGAGUCCCAGAGCUGUGCGAAAAGCCUGCAGGUAUUGAGGCAACAAACUGCGGAGCAGAUCCGACUUGCUGCCGCGGAGAAUGCAUAUGCUGAGAGGAUGAGGGAGGUGACGAGGAUGGAGAUGGAGUUGGCGGAGAAAGAGUAUGCACGAGCUCGGCUGGUAUGGGAGCGAGCCAGAGAGGAGGUGAAGAAGGUGGAGAGGAUGAAAGAGAUGGCGACCGGGAGGAUCAACUCGGCGUGCUUGGAGAUCACUUGCCACAGUUGCCAUCAACGAUUCCGGCCGUAG